GCAUCAUCACCAGGAGCAGCCAGUGUGUGUGUUGUGCACCUGUACAGAGCUCUACCGGUUAGUGUGCUGAUAGCCUGUUUGAUCACAGGAGUGCCACACUAAUUGCCGUGCAGCUCGUUUUCACCACCAACAACGUCGAUCAGAUCAGCUCAGUUGUUGCCAUGAGUGUCUUCUCCUCUCUCACUUCCCCUUCUUCAUGCCCUCAUUUGUACCACUUACCCAGUUACCCCAGCAACACCACCAUACCAAUGACACUUAAUGGCACUGCUGCAGUUGAUCGGAUCAACCAUGUGAUCCAGGAGCAUUACAACCACACCGGCCGCCUGCAGAACAGGACCGCCUCAAACAGCCAGAGCCACAUCACCGUCUCCAUGGCUGUUUUCCUCGUCUUCAGCAUGUUCAUCGUCCUGGAGAAUCUCCUGGUGCUGGUGGCCGUCAUCUCCCGCAUCCGCCACAGCCGUCGCUGGGUUUAUGUCUGCAUUGCCAACAUCACUCUCAGUGAUCUCCUCACUGGCGCAGCAUACGUGGUCAACAUCUGCAUGUCUGGCAACCAGACUUUCCACCUCACCCCUGCUCUCUGGCUCUUCAGGGAGGGCAUGCUGUUUGUGGCUCUGGCAGCUUCUAUAUUCAGCUUGUUGCUGAUUGCUGUGGAGCGCUACACCACAAUGAUGAAACCACUGCCUCAGAAGUCGAACAGGAAAAGUUACUAUCGGAUCUACGGCUUGGUGGCACUUUGCUGGGUUUUUGCACUGGUGAUUGGCUUCCUCCCGUUGCUGGGUUGGAACUGUGUGUGCAACUUGGAUGGAUGCUCCACUCUCCUCCCUCUUUACUCCAAGACCUACAUUUUGUUCUCUCUCAUCGUCUUUUUCCUCAUCCUCCUUGCUAUUGGAGUGCUUUAUGGUGCCAUCUACUGCCACGUACACAAGAGUGCUCAGAUGAGCCCCGUACGCAGUCGCAAACGCUCCUUGGCUUUGUUAAAAACCGUGAUCACUAUUGUGGGGGUAUUUAUGCUCUGCUGGGGGCCACUGUUCCUGCUGCUCCUGGUGGAUUUCUUCUGUGUCUCCCGUCAGUGUGCACUGCUGUUCAGCGCUGAUUUCUGCAUCUCCUUGGCUGUCCUCAACUCUGGCCUGAACCCCAUCAUCUACGCCCUGGGCAGCAGCGACAUGAGGAAGGCUAUGGCCAAGCUGUUGUGCUGCUGCUGCCUGAGGGCCGGCCUCUGUCACCCGGACACUUUCACAUCCAGGGAGACCAGCAGCACUUCAGAGAGCAGGAGGAACAGUCUGAGGAACAGCUUUAGCAAGAUCAGGAAUCUGAGUGUUGCCUCUCCACCAUCAACUCCGAGCAAGCUGCGCAAGUCACCCAGAAAAAGCAGAUUGAGCACCACUACCAGCUGCUUGUCAGUUUCAAGUGGUUAAACCACAAAAGGCUCCCCUCCCAAGGAAAUAAGACCUGUGUGCACUGAUACACAUCUAACCGUUUCUUCUGAGUUUCUGUUUGAAUGUUCACUGCACACAGAUGAUAACAAGAAAAGCUGGUUUAAAUGUGAGUUUAUUUAAAAAAAAAAAAGAGGCUACCUUAACAUUUGCAAUAAUAUUAUACAUAUCUAUGAUUUUUUCAACAUCUAAUGGCAUUAAUGAUGUUGAUGCAUUUCCUUCAACUACUGUACCCAUCUGCUAUAAACCUGUUUACUUAUACCUAGUCAGAAAAAAUAUGUAAUUUCAUGGAAUUUGCAUGUAUGUUAUUGUGUACAUUAAAAUUUUGUAACUUGUUGA